UGCUUGGGGCCAGAAGAUGCUUGGGUUGUGUUUUUCUACUUGCAUAGCAGAGUGUUCUUGAACAUUCUGUUGGUUAAUUCCCAUUUUAUCAGAUAAGAAGUAUGAUAACUAUUGGAGGAGCCUGGUGUGAAGACUGUGUACUAGUGGCUAUAAAUAUCAAUGAAAGGGGUGUGCUUCUGUAGUGUAGUUCUCUGUACUGUGGAGGGCUAUCCAAUCUCCUGAAUGCAAUGGUAUUGUAUGAAGAUUUUUGCUUGAAUAUAAACUACUCUGCUGAAACAGAAUUAAAGUAAGAGACAUUAAGUUUUCUUACAAGAAGACAUUUCAACAAACAACCAAGGCACCGCUCUUCUGGCAGAAUUCCAAAUCCCAGUUGCUGAUCUCAGUGGACUUGGUCUCUGUGCAGUGGUUCAAAGUUGUCUUGUCGAAGGUGAAUGGUCUGUCAUUAACAUCGAUUCUCUUGUAGCUGUGGUCUUAGGCAAGUAGGAAUGUUUCUUUAUCUUAUUGGCUUGGUUGCACUUUUAGCCCUGUACCGCUGGUACAGGGAGACAAAAAGGGUUCCAAACAUAUCUGACAAAUACGUGUACAUCACUGGGUGUGAUUCUGGCUUUGGAAACUUGUUGGCCAAGCGCUUAGAUGAACUAGGCUACCACGUGAUUGCUGCCUGCUUUACAGAGAAGGGUGAAGAUGAUCUGAAAAAAAGCUCAUCUAAAAAGCUCACAACAAUUCAUGUUGAUGUGGCAAAGUCUGAAAGCAUUCAGAAAGCUGCAGCGUUUAUAAAGUCAAAAGUUGGAGAAGCAGGUCUGUGGGGUCUUGUCAACAAUGCUGGUUUAUCAGUGCCUGCUGGUCCAUGUGACUGGCUCACAAUACAGGACUACAAACAGAUGCUGGAUGUGAAUUUGAUGGGAGUUAUAGAGGUGACGCUGAGUGUUAUCCCGCUCAUUAAGAAAUCCCAAGGAAGAAUAGUAAAUGUUGCUAGUGUCUUUGGAAGAAUAAGCCCAGUUGGUGGAGCUUACUGUAUUUCUAAAUAUGGUGUUGAGGCCUUUAAUGACAGUCUGAGGAGAAACCUGAGGGAUUUUAGAAUUAAGGUUCUGUGCAUUGAACCUGGAUUUUUCAAAACAACAGUUACUAAUACUGAGGUUAUAGAAAGAAACCUUCACAAUCUCUGGGAUAAGCUGCCACAGGAGGUCAGAGAUGAUUACGGAAGUGAUUAUGUGGAAAAAGUGUUGAAAUUAAUGAAGGAACAAAUGGACAAACUGUCUGACCCAGACCUGAUGAAGGUGGUGAGCUGUAUGGAGCACGCUCUCUCAGCUGUCUAUCCACGAACACGAUACUCUCCUGGAUGGGACGCCAAACUCUUCUGGCUCCCUCUUUCUUACAUGCCGACGCUAAUUGCUGAUUACGUGCUUGCCAGAGAUCAUUUAAAACCUGCAAAAGCUGUUGUCUAAUAUCUAAGUUUUGAAUUGUCACCAGACAUAUACUGUGUUACAACUAAAUGUGUUCUCAUGCAGUUCUGGGAAUGUGGGAUUUUAGGGACGAGUAACAAUAAUGCACUUAUACACUUAUAACUUUAAAUUGUCUUUCAAGCUUGCAGCUUUAGUGCACUGAUAGUGUAAGGAUUAUUACCCACGUUGUCAAACAGGUAACACAACAAUAACGAUCUAUGAUGUGGUACGGAACUGAAAAGUCAGGGCACUUGUUCUGAUUUUUUUUUUGUUUGGUUUGUUUUUUAAAUCGCUCUUCCUGCAGUGAUUUAGAGGACAGAUCUUAAACCCCAGUACACCAGAGCGGCCAUUUUGAAAUGAGCUUUUAAAAAAACUUUAAAGUUAUAAGUGUAAAAAGUUAUCAGGAUGUUAACAAUGAAAAGAAAAAUUACAGAUGUGUUGUUUAAACAGUUGUAGCAACACAUGGGGAUGUGUAACACUAUAUUUCCCCCUUUACUUACUCUUUAAUGUCAAUUGUUUUAUGAUUAUUUUAGCUUUUUAAGAAUAUGGAACAUAUAUUAAAUGUACUACAGUAAAACAUUCCGCUUCAUAGAAUACACAGUGGGAAAAAAUAAAUGUGAUGGUGUAUUAGUAA